AACAUGAAUUUUUGUUUUAGGAAAAAAAAUUCCAUGGCUACACAAGUACCACCAAAGCAUCGUAAUGCUUUGAAGGUACUUAUGUUUCCGUGGUUAGCUUAUGGACACAUCUCUCCAUUCCUCGACUUAGCUAUGAAACUCGCGGACAGAGGAUUCUCUGUCCGCGUUUGUUCUACUAUUAUAAGUCGCGAUACUAUAAAUAAACAAAUCCCUGAAAAAUACUCUGCUUCAAUUAAGAUGGUUGAGCUUUGUUUACCAAAACUAUCUAAAUCUAUAACGAAUGAAAUCCCAGUCGAUAUAGAUCACACUGUUCUAAAAACACUCAAAUCGUCCAAAUCCAACUUCGCGAAAAUCUUGCAAAAACUGAAACCUGAUUUGGUUAUUUACGACUUAUUAUUACAAUGGGCUGAAGGCGUAGCGAAGAAACAGGGGAUUCCAGCAAUGAAAUUCGUAGUUAUGGGUGCAGCGGCGUUUUCAUACUUUUAUACUACGAUUAGAAAACCCGAGGUUGAAUUCCCUUUUCAGGAUAUAUAUCCUGGACAAAAUGAGCUAAUGAAACUGAAUGAAUUGAUUGCGGAAUCUUCUAGAAAGGAAAAGUAUGACGACGCUUUUGCUGAAGGAAAUAUACAAGUUAUGUUGAUGAGUACCUCUAGAACUAUAGAGGGUAAAUAUAUUGAUUAUUUCACUAAAUUGAGCAAUUGGAAAGUUAUUCCUGUUGGUUUACCAAUCAAAAAUCGCGUAACAAAUGACGUGGAGGUUAUUGAUUGGCUAGGAACGAAAGACGAGGGUUCAACUAUUUUUGUGUCAUUUGGGAAUGAGUAUGUCUUGUCAAAAGAAGAAAUGGAGGAGUUAGCUUUCGGGUUGGAGUUAAGUAAUGUUAAUUUCGUAUGGGUUGUAAGAUUUCCAGAAAGGGAAACGCGAAAUCUUGAAGAUGUAUUGCCGAAAGGAUUUUUUGAAAGAAUUGGAGAAAGGGGAAGAGUUUUGGACAAAUGUGUGUUACAAUCAAGAAUUUCGAAUCAUUCAAGUAUUGGUGGAUUCGUAAGUCCUUGUGGUUGGCAUAAUGUGAUUGAAUGUUUAGAUUUUGGGGUUCCUAUAAUAGCAAUGCCUAUACAUCUUGAUCAACCAAUGAAUGCUAAGUUGAUGGUAGAAUUGGGAGUCGCGAUGGAGAUUGUUAGAGACGAUGAUGGGAAAAUUCACAGAGAAGAAAUCGCGGAAACUCUUAAAGGUGUAGUAACAAGGGGGAAUUUGAGGGCAAAAGUUAGAGAUGUUAGCAAAAAUUUGAAAACUAUAGGAAAUGAAGAGAUGGAUACAGCUGCUAAAGAGUUGAUUCAACUUUGUAAGAAGUAGUAAUAAGAUGACAUUGAUGACUAAAUCUGGAUUCGCGUCGGGAAGUCACACAUUGGAGGUAAACGACUCUGUAACAAAGGCGACUCCGUAUCCAAGGUGACUCAAACAUGAGAUCUUGAUCUUGAUUAAGGACAAAAGGAGUAUUUACCACUCCAUCACAACCCUAGUCGGUAUCGACAUUGAGUUUACUUACACACACUUGUUAUCGAUUGAGAAAAAAAUAUUUAGCCAACUCUGCAUUGAGAAAUUAACAUAUAUAAAUAAUUGUUUACCUAAGAACAAAUUAAAUAGACGAUAAAUAUUGUAUAUGUAUAUUAUAUUAGAUUGAAGUUGUAAAUAUUCUACAUGA